AUGGUCGCCGACGGCGCCUCCUCCAUCUCCGUCACCGUACGAGUGCGCCCGUUCACCAUCCGCGAGGCAGCGCAAUUAACAAGAAGCGAUGACACGACGCUCUUUCUUGGGGAUGGCUCGCUAGCAGCGUUGCCGACGCCCAAGCUGCAUUCGAAGGGAAUCCGUCCGGUCAUCAAGGUCAUAGACGAAAAGUGCCUAGUAUUCGACCCACCAGAAGACAAUCCCGUGCAGCGUGUUUCGAAAAGCUUCCUCCCGCAAGGAAAGCGAGUGAAGGACCAGACAUUCGCAUUCGACCGCGUCUUCGACGAGAAUACAACGCAGGGCGAUGUAUACGAGUCGACCACGAAACCCUUACUUGACAGCGUGUUGGAUGGAUACAAUGCCACCGUAUUCGCAUACGGUGCCACCGGUUGCGGAAAAACACAUACAAUCACGGGAACCUCGCAGCAACCGGGAAUAAUAUUCCUGACCAUGCAGGAGCUGUUCGAGAAGAUCAAUGAAGUGCAGGAGGAGAAGGUCACCGAAGUCACCCUCUCUUACCUCGAAAUUUACAAUGAGACGAUCCGCGAUCUACUAGUGGAAGGUGGAAGUAAACAAACACUAAUGCUACGAGAGGAUGCAAACCAGGCUGUUUCAGUUGCAGGUUUGACCAGCCACCGCCCGCAGAAUGUACAAGAAGUUAUGGAUAUCAUCGUACGGGGAAACGAGUAUAGAACAAUGUCGCCGACCGAAGCCAAUGCAACCUCUUCACGAUCCCACGCCGUUCUGCAAAUCAAUGUGUCCUCGAAAGAUCGAAACGCAUCCGUAAACGAACCUCACACCAUGGCGACCCUGAGUAUCAUCGAUUUGGCUGGCAGCGAGCGCGCGUCUGUGACCAAGAACCGUGGAGAGCGCCUGAUUGAAGGCGCGAAUAUCAACAAAUCCCUGCUCGCGUUGGGAAGCUGCAUCAACGCCUUGUGCGACCCACGGAAAAGGAACCACAUCCCUUACCGAAACUCUAAGCUCACUCGCCUGCUAAAGUUCUCACUUGGUGGAAACUGUCGGACAGUCAUGAUUGUCUGCGUCAGUCCCUCGAGCGCACAUUUCGACGAGACGCAGAACACCCUGCGAUACGCGAAUCGUGCAAAGAACAUUCAGACCAAGGUGACCAAGAACGUCUUCAAUGUUAAUAGACAUGUGAAGGAUUACUUGAAGAAAAUUGAUGAGCAGCGGGUGCUGAUCGACGAACUGAUGAAGAAGCAAAAAGACUCCGACGCGAGUGCCUUUGUCAAAUUCCAGAAGCAGAGCGAGAAGAAAGAAAUCGUUGUACGCGAAGCAAUAGGCCGGCUGCGGCAGGCUUACUCGGAUUCGGAGCCAGACCGGAAGGAGAGGUUAGGAAUGCUAAAGACUCUAAAGCAGGCUGAGAAACGCGUGUCUCUGAUAUCAGCCUGGGUAGCAGCCUUCGAUCAAGUCCAGGACCUUCGGGAAAACGAAGUCAUGCCAUCGCAAGUGACCGCAGUGAGGGAUACAGCGAUCGGAAUCUCAGCCGAGCUCGAGCAAACAAGGCAACACUGUCACCGUCGCUUGGAGCGCUCUAGUUGGACGAGCAAGCUUGACACUGCGCUACAAUUUGGCUUGCGGCAACUCAGCGAAAUCGACGGGUCUGAAGAUAGCCACGAUGCUGCAAAUAUCAAGCGCGAAUACGAGAUCCUAAAGUCGAAUGCGGAACGAGAGGCGUUGGGCGUGCUUUUGGAUCAAGAGAAGGGUGGCGACGCUGCAAUUGUGCAAGUCCUUGUACAGGCCCACAUCGAGACAGUUGCUAUAUUGAGCCAGAUCACCCAAAUGGACGAAGAGGAGGCGGUUCAAGCGGCGAGGAAGAUACUCACCCAGAUAAUGAACUCUUGCACGAACGCUACUGCGCGCGCGGUACGACCAGAUGGUGGUCUUCCCGUUACGGAAUUCUUCGCGCCGAGCCAGAAAGGUACGCCCAAGCGCAGGGCGCCAUUGUACACAGGCCCCUCCGAGUGUCGACCACUGGCAGCGCCAUCUUUUGCUGAAGCAAGUCACUUGACGGCAUCGCCGCCGAAGGGCUCGCCUCGCCGGCCGCGAAAGAUGGGUGGCGCGAAGAAGGGCGUGCAAUUCUCUCCAUUGAAGAAGAACUCACCGUCCAAGGCCAAGGCCAAGCGUGGCGUCCGGUGGAGAGAUGAUACAGAGAAUGGUACGCUGGCGGAGUUCCAAAAGACGCCGGAUCCAGUGGAGUCAACCCCAACAAGCUCGUCCAUCGAUAUUCCUCCCCCUGCGUUCUCCAUGCCGGUCGACACCCCUGUAUCAGACCAGAACGCCGGUUCCUCGCCAAUACCAACCCCUCCGAAAGUGUCAAUCGAUCUUAAAUCGAAGUCAAGCCGAUUUCAGACUGGCUUUCUUUCGAAGAAGUCCGAUGGUUCUCACGCUCACUCCUCGGACUCAGACACAUCUCCUCUGCGAGAAAUUGGCACAAACACAAUCCGGCCUUCGACACUGCAUAGCGUCGAGAAUGCUGCGGACUUCAACUCUGCAGAGGCAUCGUCUGGGUCAGAUGAAGAGAAGUGGAACAUGGAUCAAUCGGAUGCGCGCAAGAUCGGAUCAGCAAUGAAGAGACGCUCGUCGGGAGUGCAUGGCUCCAUGCCAAUGAGCCGCACGCAUCGCCGUCGUAGUCCCUCUGCCGCGACUGGCAGUCCCCAAAACGAGAACACGCUCCUCUCGGCCGGUGCUGCGCGCCGAAUGGUCAAGGGUGAUCGCGACGUUGACUGGAGGGCCAGCGUCCUUAGCCCGCGACCUGCCGCAAUAGUGAAGGGGCCGGCGCGAAGAACGACCAUGGCUAUGACUGGCGAAGGAGCAGGUGCAGGUGGAUCGCUCAACAGAGCACCAAUACGAAUUGCUAGCAACGGCUCGACUGGGUCGAGGGGCAGCUUGAUGCCGUCUUCGAAGAGUGCUUGGCGAUGA